CGGUCUUUCGAGCUUCAUCCUCUGCCCCCAUUCAUGUGACAGAUCUUUGGUGGUGAUCUUGAACGGGCGAUGAGUGCCUCUCCGUCGCCGUACCCAUCGGACCCGCUCUCGGGCGUGGCCAACGCGGGAGGCGUGUCCACCAUCAAGGAUGUGGCACCCUUGAGCACGGCCUGCGCGCGGGCCCUCAAUGACAAGAUGUAUGAUAAACGAAAAGCCGCAGCCAUGGAGAUCGAAAAAAUGACCAGAGAAUUCGUGUCCGUUGAUAAUAAAGCCCAAAUCAAGAAACUAUUGAAGGUUUUGGGAGUGGAUUUUGCAGCCUCCCAGAAUCCGAAUAUGCGCAAAGGUGGCCUCAUCGGACUCUCAGCCGCCGGGAUUGGCUUAAGCACGGAGAGCCAUUUGUACAUUGAGGAGUUGCUUCGUCCAAUUAUGACUUGUUUAACGGACACGGAUUCUCGCGUCCGUUACUACGCUUGUGAAUCUUUGUACAAUAUUCUAAAAGUGUCCAAACACUUGAUUGUGCCGAUCUUCAACGACAUCUUCUGCGCUAUGGGCAUGGUGGUCACCGAUUUAGAUCAAAAUGUUCGCACAGCAGCUGAGCUCUUGGACAGACUCCUCAAGAAUGUUGCUACCGAGAGCAAAGACUUCGAUCUGCGAGGAUUCGUGACGGUGCUCAAGGAACGCCUUUACAGCCGCGAUCCGUUCGCCCGCCAGUUUCACUUGGGAUGGAUAAGUGAUUUGGAACAAGUUCCCGAUUCCCGAGUUGUCGAUUUCCUACCCGAAAUCCUAGACCAGCUGUUCAUUAUCCUCGGGGAUCCUAAUGCUGAUAUCCAUGUCAAUUGUCGAAACGUCUUGGGGCGGUUUCUUUGCCAUGUCCAAGACCAUGACGAGUCGGAGCUUGAUUAUGCCCUCAUGAUCAAUAUCCUCAUCACGCAUGCCCAAUCGGACGUGGGUCGGAUGCAAGUUAUGGCCUUGGAUUGGAUCAAGGUGUUCCUGGCCAAGGCUGAUCUUGAGCUGUUACCUUUCGUCUCGGGAAUCUUGUUAGCGGGAUUGCCUCUUCUAAGUCUUGAUGAUGAGCAAAGAAAAGUUUUAACCGACAACGAAGCCAAAUGUUUGAAAGAGGCCGCACGGCAAAUCAACGUCCAAUUGAUGAGAUUGGCCAAAAAGGCUGAAUCAGACCCCAUCAACAAAUCCGAGCUCCCCGAUGCUAACAAAACUGAACCGUUGGGUCUAAAUUCCCUGGACGUGGAGGCCAUCCUCAAGGUUCUUGUAAAGCAAAUUGAAGGGCAUAAGAUCUCCGCCAAAUUAGCGGCGCUUCGGUGGACUUAUCACUUGUUCAGUAUCACCCCCAAAAAAAUGAAAAACCAUGUGGAUCUUGUGUUCCCACUGUUGUUGCAAGCCUUGUCAGACUCUUCGGAAGAGGUAGUUAUCAAUGCUCUUCAAGUUCUCUCUACAAUUUGCAACGACGGUGAGGACAAAACCCAAUUCCGAACGUGCAUCAUGUACUUGAUGAGACUGUUCAAAGAAAACAAGCAGCUUUUCGAGGCAAAAGGACCGUUCAUCGUCAGACAGCUAUGUCUCUUGAUGAAGGCGGAGGAGAUCUACGAGCAAUUAGCCAAAGAGCUCUUGGAAGAGAGUAACCUAACUUUCGCCCGUCAAUUCGUGGACAUCCUGAACUCUAUCCUGUUGAGCACCAGAGAGCUCUUUGAUAUCCGACGGAAGCUUAUCAGCAUGGAAACCAAGGCUUCCCUCGAUUUCUUCCUGACCUUGUAUCACACAUGGUGCCAUAGCCCAGUUCCAGCCAUUGCGCUUUGCCUUUUAUCGGGCUUCUAUUCUCACGCGUGCGACCUCGUGAGGAAAAUGGCUCAAGAUGAGGUCACUGUGGAUAUCCUCAUUGAAAUCGACAAGCUCAUUCAACACCUGGAGUCUCCCGUGUUUGCGGCAGUGAGAAUGCAUUUAUUGGACGUGGGACAAAAUGAUGAGUUGUUCCAAGCUUUUUAUGGCUUACUCAUGAUUUUACCCCAGAGCAGUACCUUCAAACUUCUCCAAAACCGACUUCAGUGUGUUCCAUUACAUUUAAAGCCCACUGCAGCAAGAAAACCAUCGGCCAAGUCUUUCAAAGCUGAAAUCGAUUGUCAAAUGCUCAUGACUUACUUUGAUGAGAUUCAGAGUCGUCAUCAAAAAGAAAGACGAACAGCGGCCAAAGUGGAGACUCUGGCCAAAGGGGUCAGCCUUCUCGAAUUUGAAUGAGGCUUGGUGCAUUGAUGUCAAAGCAACGAAAUGACUACGAAGUGACCCUCUGAAACGUCAAGAUCAUGUCCGCAAUUUUAGAUUCGUGUAAUCAGUCCAAUCACAUGUUUACCUGACAAUUAAUAAAAUCAAGAAAUUCACGCUA